GCUCGGAGAUCUCUCGAGUGCCGUCAGUUUCGAAGUAGGGAGCCAUGGCUACAACAGCACAGUACAUCCCACGGAAUAGCUCUUUGCCUUCCAACCCGUUAAUGCACCCUGACUCGGACAGGAUGCACCAGGGAACGACGUACAGAGAGGUACAGAAAAUGAUGCACCACGAGUACUUGCAAGGACUUGCUAACAACAGUGGCCACCCAAUGAGCCUUACCCAUCACCAGUGGCUACCCACAACAAACAGUGACUGGACCAGUACAACCCACAUUGGACAACCAGACCACAACAAAAGCAGCGUGCAGGGAAGCAGGGAUGAUCUGGACAACGGUUUCCAUCACAGAUCGCACCUGGUUCAUCAACAAACUCAGAACAACCACCACGGAGCAUGGGCACCCACUACAACCCAUCACCUGUCUCCCUUAUCGCCUGCCUCAAACGGCCACCAGUCGCUGGUCUAUUCCCAGUCGGGGUACACGAACCUAAAUGCCAUGCUGAGUCCCCAAGCUUCAUCCUUGCACCACAGCAUGAGGGACCCUCUCCAUGAAGACACAGGUAGCCAUGACAACCAGCUGGAGUCGCCCCAACAGCCUUUCAGCCACCAUCAGGACCACUCGGACGAAGACGCGCCCAGCUCAGAUGACCUAGAACAGUUUGCCAAACAGUUUAAGCAGCGUAGGAUCAAACUCGGUUUCACCCAAGCAGACGUCGGCUUAGCUCUCGGCACCCUUUAUGGCAACGUCUUUUCCCAAACCACCAUCUGCAGGUUUGAAGCUUUACAGCUGAGCUUCAAGAACAUGUGCAAACUUAAGCCUCUGUUGAACAAGUGGCUGGAAGAAACCGACUCGAACACCGGGAGCCCCACAAAUUUGGACAAGAUUGCGGCCCAGGGGAGGAAACGAAAGAAGAGGACCUCGAUUGAGGUCGGGGUAAAGGGGGCUCUGGAGAACCAUUUCUUAAAAUGCCCCAAACCUUCAGCUCACGAAAUCACCUCCCUAGCGGGAUCCCUUCAGUUGGAAAAAGAAGUGGUCAGAGUUUGGUUUUGCAAUAGAAGACAGAAAGAGAAAAGAAUGACCCCAAUCGGGGUCCCGCACCCUACUAUGGAGGAUGUAUAUUCACAAGCAGAAACCCCACCUCUGCACCACACAAUGCAGACCUCUGUACAGUGACUGUGAGUUCAGGAGCAAUCUAAAAAAAAAUAAAACACAACAUUUUAAAAAAAUGACAGGACUAUGGAUUUUACAAAAUAAAAAAGGACAUAGACUGCAAAGUGAGUAUCGCCAGUGACCGAGGUAGAUUAUGAUUGUGUUGGUCGGUACGCGUACAAAAAAAAAAAAACAUUAAAGAUUAUGAAAGAAUCCACAUACUCUUACAUAAAACAAAAUACCUUUUUAUUAACCAAAUGACCACUUAAUAGGCAAUUCGAUCGGCUUUUAAAGGGGGAACGAUUCAGUAGUGGUAUUUUCAACCUGUGCUUGUAAAGACUUAAGACGCACUUCAAAACGUAUGCGCUGUCCAUGCCCUUAGAUAUGUUUUAAGAAGACACACUUACAGCCAGUGUAAAUGUUUUUUCCCUGUUCUUUGAAAUUAAAUGUGGGGGUUGUAUCAAUUGCUGUGCUUUCUUUGGUUUCUAUUAUUUAAUUCAAGUGUUUCUAUUAAGCCGUCGUUCAGUCCAGGCUGUCAUUCAAACCUAUCGUAUAAGACAUGUUGGCGUGCAGUAUUUUUUUUUUUUUUUUUUUGACUGCUGUAGUCCACUGCAAACAUGUUUGAAGCUAUUUGCUGGAGCAGGCUGAAACUGUGGAUACAUUCCAUGUGUUGGAGGAACGAUUUUAUAAUUUAAAAUGAUAUCACACCCUCUGGCAGUACCCCAACAAAGGAAGCCAGCAGCUGCCAGUCUUCGGAAAGUUGAAAAUGUGGACGGGCUGCAUACGACCUAAACAGAACAAAAAAAAAAAAAAGAAAA